AUGAAGUUCCACACCAUUCUUCUCGUGGUACUCCUCGAGCCGAUGCUUUCACAGGCCUUUGCUCUCCCGGACAGUUCAGCCCAGAAAUUUGACAUCGCUAAGCUUGGAGAUGAUUAUGACAUCCAUGAAAAUCUCGAUGACUCCCCAUUCUCUGAUGAGAGGUCCCCGAACGACAACCCUUUGACCCUUGAGAAGAAAGAUACGGAAGCGGAUAUUGCGGUCCUUAUGGAUGUCACUGCUCUCGGCCUAUACGAGUGUGUCCCUGUAAUAAGGUCGGGGCGUUCCUGCACUUGCCCGUAA